AUGGGCUAUACCGAGUUCGUGCUCGCGUCGUGUCGCAAGUUGCAUGAAACCCUGCAGCAAUGUCGUACUGUCACUGUCGACGGCGACUCUCUUGAUUUAAGUGCCAUUGUGGCAGUCGCGAAGCAUGGUACCAAGCCCAUUAUCACUGACGACAAAGAGGUCCUGGGUAAGAUGAAGGCGUGCGUCGAUCUUUUGAACACCAGGCUGGCCGAAGGAUCCAUCAUUUAUGGAGUCAACACGGGCUUUGGUGGAAGUGCUGAUGUUCGAACCAACGACUAUGAGGCCCUUCAGAAGGCUCUCAUCCAGCACCACAACGCGGCGGUCGUCCUCCCAUCCGAAAGGGGCCUCCCAAGCACGCGUGUCCUGGAUAGUCUGAAAAAGCAUUCUAUGCCGACUCCCGUUGUCAGAGCCGCCAUGCUGACGCGCUGCAAUUCCCUCAUUCGGGGCCAUUCAGCUGUCCGCGAAGAGGUCAUCCGCCAUAUCAUUACCCUCAUUGCCCACGAUCUGACCCCCGUCGUCCCUUUGCGCGGCAGUAUUUCUGCCUCGGGAGACCUGACUCCUCUUGCCUACAUCGCCGGCGUGCUGGAAGGAAACCCCGACAUCGCCGUCGAGUGUGGGAAGACCCAUCAGAUCAUUCCAGCGAACGAGGCUUUGGCGCGUGCGAAUCUCCAGCCGCUUGACUUUCAGCCCAAGGAGGGUCUUGGUCUGCUGAAUGGCACUGCAUUCAGCUGCGGCGCCGGGAGCCUGGUUGUGUUUGAGGCGAACCAGCUCGCUCUCCUGGCUCAGAUCACCACCGCGAUGUGUACCGAGGCCAUGCUGGGCACCCGACGCAACUUCCACCCGUUCAUCGCUGAUGUGCGGCCCCAUCCCGGUCAGACGGAGGCUGCCAGAAACAUUUUCGCCUUCCUGGCUGAUUCCAAACUCGCCACCAAUCUCCCUCCUGAGGAGGUCGGGCUGGCGCAGGACCGGUACGCCAUUCGCACGUCCUCGCAGUGGAUUGGUCCGCAGCUCGAGAGCCUGAAGCAUGCCUCUGAGCAGGUCCAAUGCGAAUUGAAUUCGACCACCGAUAACCCGCUCUUCGACGUCGCGAGCAAAGAAGUCCACCAUUGCGGGAAUUUCCAGGCUUUGUCUGUCACUUCGGCCAUGGAAAAGACCAUGUCGGCUAUGCAGACGCUCGGGAAGAUGGUGUUUUCGCAGUGCUCGGAGAUCCUCAACCCCAUGUUGAACAAGGGGCUGCCCCCCAAUCUCUGCGCCGAUGAUCCGAGCCGCUCGUUUGCGUUCAAGGGCGUCGACAUCAACAUGGCGUCCUACAUCUCGGAACUCUCCUACAUCGCGCAUCCCGUCAGCAACCAUGUUCACUCCGCAGAGAUGCAUAACCAGGGGAUCAACUCGCUCGCGUUUAUUGCAGGUCGAUACGCAGCCGAUUCAGUUGAGAUUCUCUCGUUGAUGCUCGCCACACAUGUCUACGUCCUGUGUCAGGCUCUCGAUCUGCGUGUUCUGCAGUUGGAGUUCGAGAAGGAAGCAAAGAAGGAGUUUGCAGAGAUUACCGAGCGCACCACGCGUUCCUUGCUCCGUGAAGACGAGUUUCCAAUGAUCACAUCUAAUCUUUGGGAGACUGUGAUGACCCACUGGGGCAGCCACACGACGUGUAAUCUGGCGGAUCGCGCGAACAUGGCAGCAAACGAGACCCUGGGUGUUUUGUUCCGCCAUCUUGGCCAGGUAUCUCCUGUCGUCGAUGCUACCAAGAUCAUACAGACUUGGGAAACCGAAGUACGGACGAUGUUGAUCAAACAAUACGACCAGACCAGGGCUGCGUUUUUUGAAUCCCAAACAACCCAGAACUAUCUUUGUGGUGCGUCGCGGAAGCUGUAUAGCUUUGUCAGGGAGGCCCUUGAAGUCCCAAUGCACAAAGGACUGGUGGAUCAUCCUACCUACACCACAUCCGAUGGACAGCGCGGAGAGAAGGCUAUUGGGACUCACAUUGGCUCAGUGUAUGCGGCACUUCGUCAGGGCGACUUUAUGGGCGUACUUGUCAGUUGCUGGGGUCAGGGCAUUGUGAAUGGUCACAAUGGCGCUCGUGGGUAG